AUGGGGGACUGGGGCUUCCUGGAGAAGCUGCUGGACCAGGUCCAGGAGCACUCAACAGUGAUUGGGAAGAUCUGGUUGACGGUGCUGUUCAUCUUCAGGAUCCUUAUCCUGGGCCUGGCCGGGGAAUCAGUGUGGGGGGACGAGCAGUCAGAUUUCCUGUGCAACACCAAGCAGCCGGGCUGUGUCAACGUGUGCUACGACAAGGCCUUCCCCAUCUCCCACAUCCGCUACUGGGUGCUGCAGUUCCUCUUCGUCAGCACCCCUACCUUGGUCUACCUGGGCCAUGUCAUCUACCUCUCGGGGCGGGAGGAGAAGCUGAAGCAGCGGGAGAGUGAGCUCCGGGCGGCACAGAUCAAAGACUUGAAGGUGGAGCAGGCUCUGUCGGCGGUGCAGAAGAAGAUCUCCAAGAUCUGCGUGGCGGAGGACGGCCGCAUCAAGAUCCGCGGAUCCCUGAUGUGGACCUACGUCAUCAGUGUCAUCUGCAAGAGCAUCUUCGAGGCCGGCUUCCUCUUAGGCCAGUGGUACCUGUAUGGUUUCUUCAUGCCGCCCAUCUUUGUGUGCGAGAGGGCCCCCUGCCCCCACAAGGUGGACUGCUUUGUCUCCCGCCCCACUGAGAAGACCAUCUUCAUCAUCUUCAUGAUGGUGGUGGGCCUGAUCUCCCUGGGCCUCAACCUCCUGGAGCUCUUCCACCUCUGCUGCAAGAACCUGCUCAGCAGCAUGAGGGAGGCCUCUUCCUCUUCCAGCCCAGCUGGGGACAUAGACUCCUUCCCAGACAGCAAGCAGUGUCACUACCUCCCGCUGAGCGAGAGCCACUCCCCUCCCUACCUGGCCUACAACAAGCUGUCGAGCGAGCAGAACUGGGCCAACUUCAACACCGAGGAGAACCUGGCACUGCGCAGUGGCAACAAGCCCUCCCCUGAGUCCUACGCCCCAGGAGCCCAGCCCCUGCAGGAGAGACAGGCCAGCCGGCCCGGCAGCUCUGCUUCCAAGAAACAGUACGUCUAG